AUGGUGAUUCCGAAUGUGAAGCGUGUUGCAGUAAUUGGGGCUGGACCAGCUGGUGCAAUCACCAUAGAUGCACUAGCAAAAGAACAGACCUUCAAUGUUAUUAGAGUGUUUGAGCGUCGCGAGAGAGCAGGAGGUUGCUGGGUUGGCGACACUGAACGUCCCGAAACAGUAACGAACUUUACUCAACUGGCCGAGAGAAGCGCUGAUCAAUCUUUACCGAUUCCCGAGCAGCUUCCCACCUAUACACCAAAAUCAGACCAGCCGAGAUUCACAGAAUCUUCAAUUUAUCCCUAUUUGGAAACGAAUAUUGAUCGCGUUCCUAUGCAAUUCUCUCAAGAACCAUUUCCACCCGAAACAACUGCACGAUCCGUUGAGCUGUACGGUCCACAGACACCGUUUCGUCACUGGAGUGUGGUUCGGAGAUAUAUCGAGGGCUUAGUCGAGCGACAUGGUUAUUCAGACCUUGUGUCCUAUAAUACAACCGUCGAGCGAGCUGAGAAGGUCGGAAAUGAAUGGAAAGUCAUUUUACGCAAAGAAGGCCAAGAACGCGACUACUGGUGGACUGAAUGGUUCGAUGCGGUGGUGGUUGCCAGUGGGCAUUACUCUGUUCCUUACAUUCCGUUCAUUGAAGGACUCGAGACUUUUGACAAGUCAAGACCAGGAAGUGUGAUUCACAGUAAGCACUUCCGUGGAAGAGAUCUUUACAGAUCAAAAAAAGUUGUCGUGGUUGGUGCUUCAGUCUCUGCGGCUGACAUCGCUUUCGACUUGGUCAACAUAGCACAGAGACCAGUUCAUGCUAUUACGAUUGGCCAUAAUCCCAAUGGAUAUUUUGGAGACGAGGCUUUCAACAACCCUUAUAUUGAAAACCACCCUUCUAUCACCAAAGUCGUCAAUCGUACAGUUUAUCUGGAAAAUGGUGGUUUGAUAGAAAAUGUGGACCAUAUCAUCUUUGGAACUGGGUACAGCUGGACUCUGCCAUUUUUGCCAGAUGUCCCAGUCCAAAAUAACCGAGUGCCCGACUUAUACCAACAUGUAGUUUGGAGACAUGACCCAACUCUACUGUUCGUUGGUGCAGUUCAAGCUGGGCUAACCUUUAAAAUCUUCGAAUGGCAAGCUGUUUACGCAGCGAGACUUCUCGCCGGUCGCGGCACGUUACCUUCGACAGAAGAGAUGGAGAAUUGGGAGGAAGAUAGAACCAAGACUCGAGGCGAUGGACCCAAGUUUGCUCUUGUCUUUCCAGAUUUUGAGGACUAUUUUGAAACUCUGAGAAAUCUAGCUGGUGACGCAAAUGGUGUUGGGAGACAUUUACCCAAGUUCAGACGUGAGUGGUUCCGGACAUUUUUGGAAGGGCAUGAGCUUAGGAAGAAUAUGUGGAGGAGACUGAAUGAUGAAGAUAGAAAGGGUGAAGAGAAGACUGUUAGUUUAAAGUCACGUUUGUAG